AUGGAUUGUUAUGGCGAUCAAGGUUAUACCGAGAUUGCCGAUGCAUGCACUCGUCCUGUACCAAUCUUCCAUCUUCUCAAGUAUCGACAUGUCCUCAAACAUCUGUUCCAAGGUCGCGAAAAAGGUAUCCCUACAAAGAGCCAACUUCUGGAGAAUGUCCAACGAGAUGACGUGUUUGAACAUCAACAACAACUCUACAAACAAUUCAAGAGGAUAUCACCUGCCACUGCAUACAUCAAUGCGACCAGGCCAUACCACACAAAGGCACAAUCAAAGCCAAACUCAACACAAAUUGAUGGUGUGGCAUCAAUCACGCUCCAAUCACUCUCACGAUUGAUCAUCAAACACAUUGUGACAUUCCUGGUGUUUGAUCGAGCCUGGGACUCCAAGUGGAUUGUCACACUGUCCACCGUGUCAUCACAGUUCCAUCAAGCAGUGUCCAGUGUUCUGUCAAACAAUGUGAUACCAACAUUGAGCAUUCGAUCGAUGAUCACUCACAUUGGAUCCGUCCAAACAUUGUCUGUUCAAGUCACCACCACUUCAUCUCAAUGCAGUUGA